UAUGUAUAUCCUCCAACCUCUAAAAGUUUCUAUUUAUAAGUUAAAAGGAUACACAUAUACAAAUUGAGAGAAAGAGAGAUCAGAGUGAGGAUCGGAUUUAUAGAAGGCGAAUGAUCGAAAGGCCGGGGAGAGUGAUAUAUCUCUCUUUUCCGGCAACGAAUGAAGAGGAGAGUCACCGUAAAGAGGUUCAUAUCAUCGUUGUCGGAUAAUACAAACAUGAUGUCAAAAGGAAGAAUUGGAAAGAGAUUGAUCAAGUAUGAGGAAUUACCGGAGUAUUUGAAAGAUAAUGAGUAUAUAUUGGAUUAUUAUCGGUGUGAAUGGCCAUUGAAGGAUGUGAUUUGUAGUGUAUUCUCUUGGCACAAUGAGACCCUUAAUAUUUGGACGCAUUUGGUAGGUUUCUUCAUAUUUGUGUCCUUGACAAUUUGGAGCUCCUUGAGUAAGGAAAACGUGGAAUUGUUGAUCGUGAGCUUAUUCGCGAGAAGUUACGGUUUUCAAGAACCGAUCAUGACGAAAGCUAAUGGCUCCCUGGUUUCUAUGUUAAUGCAGGAAACCAUUGUAGGAGAAUUUCUUAAGCCAUCAAUCAUACUAAUCAACAACUCAGUUCCCAAAUGGCCAUGGUUUGUGUUCUUAACAGGAGCCAUGGGCUGUUUAAUCUGCAGCUCAAUUUCGCACCUAUUUGCUUGUCACUCCAAAACCUUCAACCUUUUCUUCUGGCGCCUCGACUAUGCAGGAAUCUCCCUCAUGAUCGUCACCUCAUUCUUUGCUCCUAUUUUUUACGCUUUCAACUGCCACCCAUUCUCUCGUAUCUUCUACCUGUCCGCCAUCACCACCAUAGGCUUUCUAGCCAUCUUCACUCUCCUCUCUCCAGCACUUUCUGAUCCUUGCUACCGAUCCUUUCGUGCCACUCUUUUCCUUGCCAUGGGCUUCUCUGGUGUCAUUCCAGCAACCCAUGCUGUCUACCUUCAUUGGGAAGACCCCAAAAUACUUGUGGCUCUUGUCUAUGAGGUCAUCAUGGCUGUUUUUUACUCUAUUGGUGCUAUGUUUUAUGUUAAAAGAAUACCAGAGAGAUGGAAACCUGGAGCUUUUGAUAUUGCUGGACAUAGUCAUCAGAUCUUUCAUGUUUUUGUCGUGGGUGGUGCUCUUGCACACGCUGCUGCAACGCUCGUGAUUAUGAACUUGAGGCAAACUUCACCCUCACUAUGUGUCGGAGGAGCAACUUGGAUGUGAAACACAAUAGUUGUUUCAUUUCCUGUGUUUGGAAUUGCAUUUGUAACUUGUAUGCUAUUUGAUAGAUAUGAUAUGACAGAUUAGGAAAAACAAAUUUGAUGAUUUGUAACUCGUGGUAACUACCACUUUGGAGUAUAACAUAUUGAAAUCAA